AUGUCUCCCGAGGAGUCCCCUUCGGGCUCGCUUCCAUCUCCUCUGUUUGUCCCAGACCGUCACGGUUCCACUGAUGAGCCGAUGGGUGAACGUCCUGAUCUGAAUGCCCAGAGACAGGAGCAGCGCGAGCGGCAAUCUCGGAAGGCGGCCCGUCAAGAACGACGCCGUCAGAAGCGAGAACGCAAAGAACGUCGGCGCCAAGAGCGUCAACGCCGACAUCUAGAAAGACAACGCGAGGAAGAAAGAUCACGGAGAGAAGUCGGGUCAUCCGAGAACGCAUAUCCCGUGGCUGCCAGUUUACCUACGGGUGGUCUCUCCGACCAUGAAACUCCAGGCCGUCCACUGCUGUCGAUUGAAGAUACUCCGACGCGACAAGAUGAGCCGGAGAGGGAAGGUUCACGGGCUACCGAUGUGACUCCAGGCGACGUGUUCAUGUUAGCUGGAAACCCUCCGACGGCGCAAACGGGGUCAGUGCGGGAAGGCUCAGGACCACCUGAUGCCGCGAUAAUAAGCCCAGAUGAAACAGUAUCGGACGAAGGAGUCCCUCAGCUCGAAUCCCACCCACGGCAGCCUGAAGAAGGAAGGACGCCACCUACGACGACCACAGAACUGGCCCUUGUCCCGGUGGCACCGCAGCAACCAGAGGAACCAGCCGCUGAUCCUAUAGGAAGGGAUAGGCUUCUGGGCGAGCGUCCGAGAUUGCUCGCACCGGGAGAACGAGCCGCCAAGGCAGUCACGCAGAUCGACUUUAAUUCAUUGCGGGCGGAUCCUGGGAUCAAACCGCUCGGCGGGUACGAAGGGCGUCCUGAGAUGGCCACCACGGAAACAAUGUCUGCAAGUCGCAGUGACUCGCCGAGGCCAGCGGAUGUUCCUCGCACCAGCGCUAUCCAGGCGGCCGCACUGGAGCAAUUUCGGAGGGAGGUGGAAAACGAUCCGGACCGUUUGUUUGAUGACGAUGCGAUCUCACCUCAGGAACCGGAAGAUCUCAACCCCGCCGGGACGCUGCUCGAGCGUCCAGUGGUCGGCGGCGGCGAUGCAGGGCCGGAGCGGACGAAUCCGCCAGAGGAAAGACCGCUCGAUGCUGCCGGUCAAUCAUCGAAGAAGGCUUUCACACUUCGAGGAAAGAAACCCCUAGGAGCUAAAAAGCGGGCAAAGAUGAUCAACCCCCAGCGCAAGGCUAGGCGCAAGGCUGCCGUCUUUCCUGAACAGUCUGUCACCAACCCGAGACGGAGACCCCGUGUUGGAAAGGGCCCGCAACCAAUCCAAGCCGUCCCCGAUGAUUCUUCGCUGCGCCGAGUGACGCAGACGGAUUUCGGGUCUCUCCGGGCGGAGAUGGCAGGCCGCGAUGCGGUCACUGUGGAAAGUGAGCCUACCGCGAUGCACGGGGCAUUGGAAAAGAUCGCUUCCGAUGCGGGCCCCGAUCUAGCGCCAAGCACGCGGGGCCCCGCGCGGACGGUCGACUCACGACGCCGACGCCGAUCGAGAGCGGUAGGGAUUGGAAAUGCUCGGCGGAUCGCAAGACGCUCGCAACGGCUGGCGGAAGCACGGCGGGUGAUGGACCCAGUCCGAUCUCCAGAGGCCGGCGUGGAGCUCGGAACUUCACAUUCUCCCCCGAUGCUCGUCACACCAGAUUCCCGUCCCAACCCGCAACCCGUCUCGACCGUGUUCAAGGCUCAUAUCGGCGGUGAAUGGAGAGUAUUCGACCAAGUGGCAGUGGAUCGGUCCGACCCAUUCCACGUGGAGCGUAUCGCGAAACGGUACGUGCGCGACAAUGGUGCGAAAUUCUAUGAUCGAAAUCUGAAACCCAUCACGCCGGCGCGGUGCUUUCAGGCGGCGACGGAAGACGAAACCAAUACGCUGUUUAUGACUCUUGGCCGCGACCUGGUGAUCACUCAAGAGAUGGUUGCUUCUGCGUCCAAGUCGCGAUAUCGGACCGGGACGAAGCGACCGAACGACGAUGAUGGUGAUGAUAACGUGUGA